AUUACCUCGCUAAUUAUCUAGUUGAAAAUGAUUGAAGUUGUGGUGCUGGUCGAAGGCAGAGUGAAGGCGCUGAAGUGCGAGCCGACCGUCCUGGCGUUUCGGGAGUCCUUCGUGGCGAUGUGCCGAAGAGACCCCGUUUUCACCAGGCGCUUGGUCACCCACCAUCCAACGUUCUAUGCGAUGCAUCCAGAGCUUAACCAGGAAGUGGAGUUGGAGGAUGAAGACACUCUGACUGCGGCCCAGCCGGUCACCGUCAGAUUCGCUACAUUCGCUGCACGUGAAAAUGAAGCAACCAAGGCUCCAGCAAGGGCUCCAGAUGAUGAAGGGCAAGAAUACUUAAGUUCAAUUGGUGUGAAAGUGGCGUCUCGCAGCAAUGCUUCAGCCCGGUGCAGUGGUGGAAGCAGCAGUGCAGCAAGCAGCAGCUCAAAGAGCAUUGUGUUAAGCCAUCGCAAUGGUCCAGGCAGUGCAGCAAGCAGCAGCACAACCUCGAGCACAACAAAGGGCACCACAGCAAGAGAAAACACAACGAAUGAUGUCACAACUGCAACUACCAAAAAAAAGGCAGGCACAAUUUCAAAGUCAAGGAAGAGACCCGCUAGUGAUUUGGAGUCCUCUGAUGAUGAUAAUGAUUAUCUUAGAGAAGCUGAGGAAAGAAGGAAAAGCAACAUGGCUGUCCUAGAGGAUAUGAACUUUAUACCCAAAAAUAAACCACGGUUGCCACCAAAGAAGAAGCUCCCAGCAAAAGAUCCUCCAGGCGAUAACCAGCUUCGCAGAUCGGAAAGACUUCAAACUGUGCAGUGUGCGAAGGCAUCUGAAAAUCUUGAUGAAAGCAUUUUGUCUGAUGAGGAAAAUGAUAAAGAAAAUGAUUCUACAGACGCAGGGCUCUUUGACUCAACUACAGGCAAUCCUAAGGAAAGUUCAACCAAACAAGCUGUUAAGAGGCGGAAGCCAAACAAGAAAUUACGAUCAAUUGGACAAAGAAUUACUAUAUACAAAUUACUGCCACCAUUCCCACCGAAGCUGGUGGAAAGUUUUGAAAAAGGACUAGUGUAUAGGAAACAGACUCACACACAAAGGAUGAACGAGUUCUUAAAGGCCCACAUCCUCAAUGUGACGAAGGACUUAUACCCAUAUAAAUCCGAGUACAAAGUCCUGGAAAUUCAAGUUUUGGCCCGACUAAAAUCAAUGAAAAUUCCUGGUCUCAAGUUCUACAAAGGUCACAUUCGUCGCAGUUUAAGUGCCAGCAUCCGUAAUGACAGGAACUGGGAACAGAAUAAAAAAGAGAGAUAUGAAGCAGCAAGGGAACUUAUUCAAAUGGCCAAAGAUGCUGAAAGGAGAGCUGAAUCAUCUCAGAGAGUGAUUGAUGCUUAUCAGGCAGAUUAUAUUUUAAGACAGCCAGUCCGCAACAAAGAUGAAUCAAAGAGAGCCCUGGACGCAAUGACAGUAGUUACUUCAGACUCAAUCCAAAAAAUGCCUGUGAAAAGUGCAAUUGAUUUAUAUCAGUAUUUGAAACACCCAGAUUUGUUGAUGUAUGAUUUUUCCAGAAGAAUUGAAUCCACACUUGAGAAGCUAGAGGAAAAUUUUGAACAUUCUAUGGCUCCUUUGGCAAUAAUCCUUUCAGUAGAUGAGAGUCCUCAGAAUGAAUUAGAUAAAGCUCAACUACUUCAAAAGAUUGAGAAUUACUUCGAAGUCAGUGAUGAAAAUUUUCCAUGCAUCCAGUUUUGUGAUGCAUCAAUAGACACAACUGAGAUCUUCAACAAGGUUCCAAAAGGGCUAGCUCCUGCACUUAUAGCAGUACAAAAUGAUGAGGAACUUGUGAGUGCUAUUAUAGUGUUCAAUGGGGAGACCCUAUGCAGUAUGGUCAAACCAAGAGCCUUUGACUGUGUAGCUUUACUUCUAUCUGUAUAUGCUGUCUUUAACAUUGAUUUUCCCAAGGUGUAUGAAAAGCAAUUGCUGACAUUGCACCACAUUUUAAAUGGAGAUGAUAGGCUAAAUAAAAUACCUAAAAUAGUCAAGACAUUUUUCAAAAAAUUAUUUGAAGCUAUGAAGUAG